CGCGCUCCCUAAACAAAGAGAAGCACGCUUGGCAUCAGAGCAUCCCACCCUUUCACGUCCACGUCCUUUAUAGAACCGCCCCCCCCCCCGGCCCAAACCUCGAACCCCCCUCUCACACGGAACCGGUCCGAGGCCCGCUCGCACGCAGAACCACCAUGACAAGUAACGGUGCCACCAACGGAACCAGCGACAUGCUGCAGAUCCAGUUCGGCCUCAUCAACUGCGGGAACAAAUACCUCACGGCGGAGAUGUUCGGCUUCAAAAUCAACGCCUCUGCCACCAGCAUGAAAAAGAAGCAGAUCUGGACCCUGGAGCAGAGCGGCGACGACGCCAGCGGGAAUGUGUUCUUCCUCAAGUCACAUCUGGGUCGCUACAUCGCCACGGACAAGGACGGCAACGUGACCGGGGACAGCGAGACUGCAGGCCCCGAGUGCCGCUUCAUCAUCACGGCGCACGACGACGGCCGCUGGUCCCUGCAGUCCGAAACCUUCGGGCGCUACCUGGGCGGCACCGAGGACAGGAUCAUUUGCUUCGCCCAGACGGCGUCCGUGGCGGAGAAAUGGAGCGUGCACAUCGCCAUGCAUCCGCAGGUGAACAUCUUCAGCCUGACGCGCAAGCGGUACGCGCACCUGAGCUCCAAGGUGGACGAGAUCGCCAUCGACAGGGACGUGCCUUGGGGUGUGGACUCCAUGAUUACGCUGGUGUUCCGAGAGCAGCGCUACCACCUGCAGACCUCCGACAACCGCUUCCUUAGGAACGACGGCGCCCUGGUGGCCACCACGGACAAGAGCACCGGCUACACGCUGGAGUUCAGAUCCGGGAAGGUGGCGUUCAGGGACUGCGGCGGCAAGUAUCUGGCGCCGUCCGGGCCCUCCGGCACCAUGAAGUCCGGCAAGAGCGCCCGCGUGGGCAAGGAUGAGCUCUUCCAGCUCGAGCAGAGCCACCCGCAGGUGGUCCUCACUGCUGCCAACGAGAGGAACGUCUCCACCCGACAAGGUAUGGACCUGUCUGCCAAUCAGGACGAGGAAGGUGACCAGGAAGUCUUCCAAGUGGAGAUCUGCCGUGAGAACAGGAAGUGUGCUUUCCGGACCGCCGCUGGGAAGUACUGGACCCUCACUGCCAACGGAGGCCUGCAGUGCACCGCCUCCUCCAAGUCAGCUAAUUGCUACUUCGACAUUGAGUGGCGUGGGAAGAGGCUGACUCUGCGGGCCGCCAACGGGAAAUACGUCGCCGCCAAGAAAAACGGCCAGCUCGCAGCUACCAUCGACUCCGCCGGCGAGUCUGAGGAGUUCAUCAUGAAGCUCAUCAACCGUCCCAUCAUCGUGCUGCGCGGCGAGCACGGCUUCAUCGGCUGCAGGAAGGUGACUGGGACCCUGGACUCCAACCGCUCCUCCUACGACUACUUCACGCUGGAGUUCAGAGAUGGCGCCUACAGCCUGCAAGACUCCACCGGUAAAUACUGGAUGGUCGGGAACGAGCAGGCCGUGGUGAGCAGCAGCGACACGCCCGUCGACUUCCUUUUUGAGUUCUGCGACUACAACAAGCUGGCCGUGCGCCACGCCGCCGAUGGCAAGUACCUCCGCGGCGACCACGCCGGCGUGCUGAAGGCCAACGCCGACGACCUGGAGACGGCCACACUGUGGGAAUACUGAGGGGAAAGAAGCGGUGGGUGGGUGGGCGGGGGGUAGAUGCACAACAGCACCACCCACCAUCACCCCGUCGACCUUAUACACCUUAUGUGGCGUCUUGUAUGACUUCAUAUGUUGAACUGCACAGAGAGGAUGGUUCGUUCUCUGCCUCCCUAUCCUUCCUUCCUAUCCCUCCCUUUCCCAGCUGCCAACCUUUAUGUUGCCAUAGUUACAGGGCUGUGCACUUUUCCUCCACCCCCCAACCACCUCGCUCACACUUUGGCUCGCUGCUCGACCCCCACCCCGUCCCCAGUUAUCGCUCACUCCCUUGUCGCCUUAGCACCGACUGGACUUCUUCUCCUCUUUCUGCUGGUGUCUCUUGUAUAUUGAUUGGUGUUCUGAUGGCGUUCUACUUGAUCCCCAAAAACCACACUUGUCACCUGCUUCCAGGAGGCGGCUCAAGUGGAAACCAAUCUGGAAGCGUCUAUGAAAACCAGAUUUCUGUUGAUGACAUGUAAACUAGCUUCCUGUGUUGUCCUCUUGCCGUGUUCCGAUUGGUCGGUGGGGAGAUUGCUUGCUUGUUUGGGACCAAACGGGAUGUAGGCAGUCAAUGCCCCUACCCCCGCCUAUUGUCCCCUGAACAGUUACAUUUAAAAAAAACAAACAAUUUUGGGCUUGGAAGGAUGUAAAUCUGUCAAAAGUCCGAGGCACAGACAUUAUUAUCAUGGCGAAGUACAAGUAUGAAGUAGGAAAGCCUAAAAAUGAGUUUUUCUGAAAGCUGCUUUUUGGAUGAGUUGAGCCAACAUGAGUGUCGUGAUUAUGUAUGUAGACCAAGCCUUGUGAUUAAACUGGAUUCAACCACCGUGUCAUCUCACACAAAGCUGAUACAACUGGAACAUGGUGCUACUAAAGUGUGUGUGUGUGUGUGUGUGCUGUUCGGACCAACUGAUGGUUAGGGUUUUUUUUUUUCUGUCCAGCCAAACCCAGUGAAGCAUCUCACCCUUCACAAAAGCACUUGAGAGCCUUGUCAAUAACCAAAUCUGCUGCUUCUUGACUUAUUUUCCGUUAACUCGUCAUAUCUGCCUUUUAAAACGAGAUACGACGACAUAUUGUUUGUUUUAUUGGCUCGUCAGUGAAGAAGCGGAUCGGGAAAAACAAGGAGCGGUUCCCUGAUGAUUAGCAGCUUUUUCUGUUGUACAGUCUUGACUGUCCGCCUGCUUUCCCCCAUCAGCACCUCCUUGGUUUCAAAUCAUUACAGUGCUAUGAAAUAACACGUGAUUGUAGCCAGCUCUCUCUUUUUUUUUUUUUUUUUUUUGUUAAAGGUUGAGAAUCUCAAAUAACCGAAUGGUUAUCCAUGGAGACGGCGUCUCCAUGGAUAACCACCACCCAGGCUUGGACAAACGGAUGUGGAAUGGCAAACGUGUGGUAAUGACUGUGCCUUACGCUUACGUUUUGGGCAGUAAGAUAAUGGAUGAAAAAAAAAAAUUAAAGGUUAAAAUCCACAUCUUUGCUUUGUAUAACUGGAACUUCCUUUUGUAUAAUUUUUUGUAUAAUUUGUUUGAUAUUGUGGAUUCAUCUCUUUCUCUCUCUUGUGCCAUUGGUUCACCUGAAAUCCAACAACCAAUAAAACUGGGAUUUGGAACAAUG